GUUUCAAUGGUAAUGUACAGAAGAGAUAAAAGGGAGGCGAAGAGAAUAAGGAAGGGCCUUAUUAUUUGGAUUGAUCAAAUAAAGCUACUAUCCAAUUCAAAAAUAAAUAAAUAAAUAAAUAAAGCUACUAUAGUAAAUUGAUAAGCAGGUUAACAGAGUGGUAAGUGAUAUUUUUAAUAUGGAAGGGGUGAUAGAAUGAUUUUAGAAGUAUCUAAGGUUGUCCGUGUAAAUCACCUAAAUUUAGAACCAAUUAAGAUUAGCAAGAAUUAGAGUUAUUUUAUUUAAAUUUCCAACUAGAACCAGCUCGAUCGAUGUUCAUGGAUCCCACGUCGUUUAUAAGGCAUUCCAUCUCACAAACACACGUCCUCUCGACUCCCCCCAUUUUUCUGCGGGGACUCGGGGAAGAGACAUAAACAAUUUUUUUUUAUUUUUUUUUUAAAAAAAGGAAAAAAUCUUGAAAAAUUUUCUCCCCUCUCAACCGCAUUCCCAAAAACAUGGCCCCCUCCUCCAUUCCCUCCCCUAAUGAUUUGUUACUUUAGUUUUUCUAGUUUUUGUUUUAUUUUUUGUGGGGUUCGCAUUCACAUUAAUAAUCCUCAUCCAGGUUCCUCCUCUGUCUGUUUGCUGCUGCGGCCCAGGCUCCUUCAUUUUUCUGGUGGGACCACCUUCCACCGCCGCCGCCGCCGCCGCCACCACCACCACCUCCUCAGGUUAUAUAAAGAGGAGGUUGGUUGGUUGGUGGGUUUGUUUUCGGUUUAUCUUAAAAAGACAUUUCAACGAUCCCAGAAGGAUAAAACAUUUGUUUUUUUGGGUGUUUUGGGAUUGUUUAUUGGAAGGAAAAUCACGAGAUGAAUUGCUUCCCAUGUUUUUCAUCACACAAAAGUAAACAAUCAAAUAGCGAGAACGAUGUGCCUGUAGCUCAGGCUACAGCCCCACCACCACCACAACCACAACCACAACCUGCAGCAGCUGUUGUUGAUGCAUCACCAUCACCAGCCCCACCACCAGUGAAUAAUGGUACAUAUGAAAAGGAGGAAACUAACGUAACUGAAAAUAAAUAUAAUGCAGCAAAGACUUUCACUUUCCGUGAGCUGGCUGCUGCAACAAAGAACUUCAAGCAAGAAUGUCUAUUGGGUGAAGGUGGAUUUGGAAGGGUUUACAAGGGAACACUUCAGGGUGGGAAGGUUGUGGCAGUGAAACAGCUGGACAGGAAUGGAAUGCAAGGAAACAAGGAGUUUCUUGUUGAGGUUUUGGUGCUGAGUCUCCUCCAUCAUCCAAAUCUGGUACACCUCAUCGGAUAUUGUGCUGACGGCGAUCAGAGGCUUCUGGUGUAUGAAUAUAUGCCAAGCGGUUCUUUAGAAGAUCAUCUACUCGACAUUUCAGAAGAUAAAAAGCCGUUAGAUUGGUUAGCAAGAAUGAAAAUAGCUUCAGGUGCUGCUCAAGGUAUGGAGUAUUUGCACGAGAAGGCAAACCCUUCUGUUGUAUAUCGGGAUUUAAAAUCCUCAAACAUAUUUUUGGAUGAAGAUUUUAAUCCAAAGCUCUCUGAUUAUGGGCUUGCUAAGCUUGGACUUGGUGGCAGCAAGAUGCAUGUAUCUUAUGGUUAUUGUGCUCCCGAGUAUGAAAGAUCAGGUGAGCUCACAUUGAAGUCGGAUAUAUACAGCUUUGGAGUCAUUUUACUCGAGCUCAUUUCUGGACGAAGAGCCAUCGAUACUACGCGACCUACCACCGAGCAAAACGUAGUUAGUUGGGCACGACCCAUUUUCAGGGAUCCAAAAAGGUUUCCCGAGUUGGCAGAUCCCCUUCUUAAAGGCAAAUUCCCGGAGAGAAGCUUAAAUCAAGUGGUUGGAGUCGCAGCAAUGUGUCUUCAGGAGGAACCUUCAGUCCGUCCCUUAAUUAGUGAUGUUGUUGCAGCUCUUAGCUUUCUUAAAGAUGAUGAUGCUCUCCCAGUUCCCAACCAGCUUGAAAAUCAUUACAAUCAUGGGGAAGGAAACAGUUCUGAUUAUCACAAGGACGGAGAUAGUUCUGAAAGUUCUGAUGAUGAUGAUGAUGAUGAUGAUGAUGGAAACACGACACACCAUCAACGUGAAGAAAGCAAAGAAAGCAAUUCGGAAAACCCCAAAGGACAAGUUAAAAAAACUGUAAAAUGGGCUACAAAUUCAAGAUGCAGAAGUAAAGCGGAAUCUCGGGGAGGUAGUACUGGUUCGAGUUCAAGCGACAAAGAUCCAAAAUCUCGUUCAAAUUCAAGGCAAAACAGUAACAGAGAUGGAGGCGUUGGUUCGAGUUCAAGUUCAAGUGACAAUAGCGAUGCUGAAUCUGAACAUGGAAAUUCGGGUCAAAAUUCAAGGUCCAACAGCAAUGUAGGAUGGCACGAUGAAAGUGACGGUUCAAAUUUAAGGAUGCAAGAAGGAAGUACUCGUUCCAAUUCAAGCAUUUAUGAGAAUUCAAUGCAUUACAGCAAUGCUGAAUCAAAGGAUGGAAGUGUUGGUUCACACAACAGCGAAUCCUAACAUGAAAGUGCUGCUUCUCCUUCAUGAUUUUAACAACCAAAAUUAAGAAAAAAAAUCUACGUGUUAUUCAUCGUGUUCAAAUGAAUAUACAUAUAUAUAGUCUUCGACUUGGAAACGUGUUGACGGCUCUGGCCUGUGUCUGCCACAGAUAGAGAUGUCUGGAUUAGCUAUUUUUUGAUCUGGGAUGCGAGCGGGAGUUUUGAGCUGAGGUUUUCUUCUCUUUUAAUAUUUUGAGUAUGGUUGAAUUUAAGGAAUUUUCAUGGGUACAUUGUUGAGCUGUGAUGAGCCUUAGAUGAAAUUGCUACAAAAUAUUUUAUUCAUUCUGAUAAACCUAAA